GACAAAAAAAAAAGCAAGAAGCGAUGUUCGGCCUCCCCUCUUCCCGGCGCUGGAGCCCCGUACUCUUGACGGUCGUGCUUCUGCACGCGUGGCCAGUCGCCCUGGACGGGGCGACCGACCUGAACCAGGCCCAGCUUCGGCUCGUGGCCGACAGACUGAAGCUGGACCAGUGCCGCAGCCUCGUCGAGUCACUGCGCUCCUCCGAGGACUACGCCCUCGACCACACGCCGGACGGUCACGCGGAGUCGCACGCGCUGUCCUGCUACCGGCUGCUGGAACUGUGGAACCGGCAGCGUCCGACCAACAGCACCUUCCACGCGCUCCUUGUGCGGUUGCAGGAGCUCGGACACCGGGACCUGGCCGACGACCUAGCCCGCGUCGUGUACGGCGAGAAGGUCCUCGCCGUCAAGGCAAACUUCCUGUCAGACCCAUUCAGGAAGCUGAGCCCGCACGAGAGCCUGCGGAGCAGGAGCGAACUGGUCAAGGGGUCGUCGGACCAGCCAACCAGCGACGAAGACCAUCCGCAAGGCGGCGUCGUGGAGCUGGUGUCGCUAGCGCUGGCGCUGGCCCUCAUCGUGCUGCUCGGCACGUUCAUCUGCAACCGGCUGACCAGGCGGUGCACCGUCAAGGUGCCGCAGAGAAGCCGCCGCGUCCUGCGGGGCGACCGGCUGGACUCGCAGGAGUCCACGUUCCAGCUGCUGCCCGAGAACGCGUGAACGCGUCGCCGGUCGAAGUGCGGCGACGAUGAAAUAUAAUGUGUCGCAGAAUUUGCUUCGCCCAAUCCGCAGCAUCUGUCUGUACGUCCGUCCGUCUGUCUGUAUGUCUGUCUGUGUAGUGCUGCUAAACGUUUAAAGGGACGCUGUAAGGCUGUAGGGGCGUGUGAACAGCAGUUGUGGAGACCAAAUCGAAUACAAAUCAAACAGUGCUAGAAGCGAAUCGAAUAUUUGUCGCACGCUUCGCGAAUAACGUACAGCAUUCUCAAUACUGACAUCAAACAAUUUUAAAAUUCUGGUAUUCACAAUAGAAAAUGUGUCAUUACACGGCACAUUUAUUUAUUGCACGCUUUAUUUGCACAUUUAUUGCACGCUUUACUAAAAGCAUGCACACAGGGAUCAUAACUAAGCAGAUUGUACACGGGGCUCCUAGGAGAGUCAUGAAUUAUAAACGUAACCUUGUGGACCAAUUAAUAGCUUUCUAUGCCGGCGUGACCACACACGCGUGCCAUUUGCGGCGACGGCAGAGCGAAAAAAAAAGAAAAAUAAAAGCACCUCCUCCUCUGUAGUUCGAAUUGUCGCGGCAUAUGGUGCCACUUGUGUAAGGUACGUUGCUGCGAUGGAAGGUAUUCCAAUUUAAUGCAUUGAACUGACACAGCUGUUGCGCCUACAAAUGGUGCCAAAGGAUACCCACUGCCGAAUAUCGUGCCCCUCCCC